CUCAUUAUUGAAUUGACCUUACUUUCGUUCUACAUCUUCUGGAAUAAGUACCAAAGUUCUUUCAGUAUGACUCAAGUGGCAUCCAAUACUCGCAGUGCUGUUCUGCAUAGAGACACGCGCUUUAUUCCCAAGAAAGCCGUCGGCGGUAAAGGCAGCUAUAUCUUCCUGGAGGACGGAACGAAAUUCCUCGAUUCCACAGGCGGUGCUGCCGUUUCUUGUCUCGGCCACGGCCACGUGAAGGUAACUCAGGCUGUUGCUGACCAGCUCAACCAGCUUGCCUACUGCCACACUGCUUUCUUCGGUACCGAAGUAUCGGAAGAACUUGCUCGAUUCCUUUGUGAUUCGACGGGCGGCAAGCUUUCCAAGCUUUACGUCGUCAGCUCUGGCUCCGAGGCGGUUGAAGCAGCACUUAAACUCGCGCGCCAGUACUUCCUCGAAGUAUCCCCGGCCCAACCGCAACGAACCCGGUUUAUCGCGCGCCUGCCGUCCUACCAUGGAAUCACACUCGGCGCCCUAGCAACAGGAGGCCACGUCCUGCGUCGCCAACCCUUCGAGCCUCUUCUCGCGCAAAACACCUCUCACGUCUCGCCAUGCUACGCUUAUCGCGGAAAGAAAGAGCACGAAUCGGACGCAGAUUACGUCGCGCGACUAGCUGCAGAGCUUGAUGCGGAAUUCCUGCGAGUGGAACCAGAGACUGUGUGCGCGUUUAUCGCUGAGCCGGUAGUCGGUGCGGCCCUCGGCGCCGUCCCUGCCGUCCCAGGGUACUUCCCGGCCAUGAAAGCCAUCUGUGAGAAGUACGGCGCACUUUUCAUCCUCGACGAAGUGAUGAGCGGCAUGGGUCGGUGCGGCACCUUGCACGCAUGGGAAGACGAGGGCGUUGUUCCUGACCUCCAGACUAUCGGAAAAGGUCUCGGAGGAGGAUACGCCCCGUUUCUGGCGAUGGACAAGGGUACUGGUGUUUUUCGACACGGACAGACGUACCAAGGCCACCCCGUUGCUUGUGCGGCUGCGUUGGCGGUUCAGAAAACCAUCAAGGAAGAAAACCUGCUUGAGAAUGUGCGUGCUAUGGGUACUUAUCUGGAAAAACAACUCAGAGCGCGAUUGGAAGCUCAUCCGAAUGUGGGAGAUAUAAGAGGAAAGGGAUUGUUCUGGGGAAUGGAGUUCGUCAAGGACAAGACCACAAAGGAGCCUUUUGCUCCAGAGACUGCCGUCGCCUUCCACGUCCAAGAAACUGGCCUGAAGCCAGUCCAUGGGAUCUCCUUGUAUGCAGCGAGCGGAUGCGUUGAUGGCAUACGCGGUGACCAUGUCCUCCUUGCUCCUCCUUACAAUGUGAGCAAGGAGGAAAUUGAUAUCAUCGUUGAGACGGCGGGUAAGGUGAUUGAAGAGGUUUUCGCGAACAUCAGCCGUCUCUAGAAGACAUUAAUACUCUACAGCAGUUAAUUGUGCCUUUGAUGACUACUCAAGUGCGCGGAUGGCAUCCAUUUAUGAACGCAUUGAGAUCAGAUUGCUUUCGUAUUGCAGAAUCUAUAUGUUCAUUCAGAGUUCUCAAAACAAUAAAUAAACCUUCGCCGAAAACACAUCCUUGUCUUUGGCCAUG